AGGUGAAAGUACCUACGAGUAUAUUUUAAUCGAUACACAAACGAAACGCGUAAUGUUAUAUACGUAUUACGAGUAUUCGUACGUACCGAACAAUUCACAAAGUUAAACUUUUACCGACUGGCAAAAAGUUCAGUUACGUUUCAACUUUCAUACUUGCCGGUAUAUCGUUGCCUUGAUUAGACUAAACGUCGAGCUUUUAUCACGAUCGCGAUAGAAAUUUUCGUCGUCGUCCCGUUCGUCGUAGUCGUCGUCGUUGGUUUUUUCCACCCUACGUACUCUAAAUUGGCGCCAUUAAUCGCGGUAAUUAUUCGAGUUGGUUAUUUUAGCUUUGGGAUUUUUAGCAGCUUUAUAAAUACACGGUUUGUGCGAGUUUAAAAAUAAUAAUUGUAUAACGUCCGGCCGUCCUAUACCAGAGUCCAUGUUAAACAGCGCUGCGCCAGGAGUGAUGUGAUAUUUACCCACCGAAUCUGGUAUGGUGUCUCAUUUCCGACUGAAACUCGAAUUAGUAAAAAUCAUUAUUAUCGCCGAGUCGACCUUUUUGCUACUAAACGUCGAACUCUCUUCCGCUCGUGUAGCAUUCAAAGUCAGCACAAAUGGUUCUACUGAAUUGGAACGGUUGAAACGAGGGGUUGACUCCAGAAUUGGAAUUUUCUGCGCUACAGAUGGAGACUGCACAUUUAGGCAUGGUUUCUGUGAUGAAAAAACCCACACGUGCCGAUGUGACGAGCAGUAUCCAGCCAAUGACCAGAUCUCCAAAUGUGGACGAGCUGUUGGUCUUGGACUACCCUGUAUGUUUGACGAACAAUGCGAGCAUAAAGUUUGGAAUUCGAUGUGCCGUGAUCAGCAGUGCGUUUGUCGCGGCAAUGGCAAAGAGCAAAAAUUACCAGAUGGCACAACUAAGUGUAUAGGUAAACAAUUCGGCGAUUCUUGUGCGCUUGAUGAUGAAUGUGCUUUCAAAUUCGCCGUUUGCGACCCAUAUAAACGCAAUUGCCAAUGUCCUCCUGACAUGAUGGCCACCGAUCAUAUCGAUAAAUGCGGCAAAGCCAAAGAAGUCAAUGAAGAAUGCUUUUUCAAUGAACAAUGCGAACAAACGUUGUUCGAUACUGCUUGUGUGGAUGGAACUUGUCAAUGCAGAUCGGAGAGAACACCGGUCAAGAAUCCGGAUGGAAGUAUCAAAUGCACAGUUGUGGAAGAAAAUAGCUCAGAAGUGACCACCGAUCCGACCAUGAUCAUUGUACUCACCGUGAUGUGCAUGAUGUUCAUUAUUAUCUGCGUCGUUCUACACUUAUUCAGCAGAGCACGCUGGCGUGAAAACCGUACCAUAUUCAAUACGCCGAAUCCUCGUCUGAUGAAUGUAUCAUUAAUACGUGAUAAGAAAAACGAAAGACGAGGCAGUAAAGAAGGCGCCGCCAAAGGACCACCAUCCAGGGAGCCCAGUAUGGCAUCAUUAAGGCAAAAUUCUCCUUCAAUUGAAUCGAAACCCGCUAUUUCUCGACGAGAAAGUCGCGGCACCAGUAACGGAUCAGCACGUUCGCCGACUUCACGAGGUCCUCCUAUGCAAGCAAUUUACGACGAAUCGACGCUUACUGAUUUUUGACUAACAAAACGAUACCUUAAACUAGCUCUCAACAUCGCCGAAGAAAUCAAAACAUCAUCAUCGAUUUCGUUUCGACGAAUAUAGCCUAAAUCGCAAGAAUGGUAACUCCGGGACCAUUUUAAUGUCUUAUUUUGUACAAUACAUAUAAAGAAAAAAAUAGGUAUAUAUUCUUUUUUCUAAAAAUAACUUUAAUUUUCUACUACGUACUCCUUAUUGUACCUUGUUCAAGAACCAAGACAGUACACACAGGACCAUAAUGGAAAAAUAUCAAGAAGAGACGAAUUAAGCACGAAGUAAACUUUUAAACCUUAUUACAAUGUACUUUGGGAAUACGGAACUCGUUUAUACGCUUGCCUUUUAAUUACGUACCUACCUACCAAUUUGGUAGGGUAUUUGAUACUAUAAUAAUGAAAAAAUUGCCUCUUUUUGAUCCUAUACCCCCUUCAAUCAAAUAAUCCUUUCUAUUCACUCGUAGUUUAUAACUUUUUUUUAACGUGUAAGUUCUCUUUACAAUAUUAUACCUAAUAAUGCUCAAAUUCAACAAACUCUCGUCUAUAUACGUAGCAAUUUUUCCUCCUAUGGGCGCCUAUAGAGCUGAAUUUUUUUUUCUUCUUACGAGCUUGAUGACGGAUUUUUAAUACUUUCAUGGGUAUUUUUACAUACUUAAGCGAUGAAUUAUUUUAUCAGAAUUUUUAUUUCUUGUGAUACGUUGUCGUAUCGACACAAUAAUAAUAGAUAAUUAUUUUAUAGUCUUCCCUUUUAUCACGUUUAUAUAAAACUUAUUACUUACUAUGCUGUAGGUAGUAAUCGUAGCACUUUUUUUUCUUAUACAUUUGCUACUGUACCAUUUAAUAUUAAUAUUUAUGUAUUGUACCUAUUACUUAUUAUUUACAUAUUCGUAUGCAUUAAAGUUAAUGAAUUUCAAUUUCAAUCCUUUAUCACUACAACAGUAUAAUUUCAAUGUAUUACAUAAGUUCAGAAUACUUACGAGAAUUACCGAAUUACUUACUACAUAAACGGUAUCGUAAAUUUUCAUUUAAUAAACUUUGUUAACGUC